UCCGCAAAGAUGGCGGCGGCGGCGACUCAGGGCGCUCGACUGGCAGCCUGGGGCGGAAGACUGCGCCGGGGUUUCGCUGCCAGCCGGCGGGCCUUGCGGGUCCCCGGCCCCUGGGCGGCAGCAGUGGCCGGCAUAUCCCUGGCAGGAGCGGGAGUGGCGUGGCACCACGGCCGUGUGAAUAGCGCGGCGUCCGAGGGCAGGCUCACUGUCCCGGCACAGAAAAAUAUCUAUGAAAAAAUGAUGGGAAGAUCAUCUCUUCGUAAACAGCGCUUUAUGCACUUUUCUUCACUGGAACAUGAAGGAGAGUAUUAUAUGACACCACGAGACUUCCUCUUUUCAGUUAUGUUUGAUCAAAUGGAACGUAAAACGUCAGUCAAGAAGUUGACAAAAAAGGAUAUCGAUGCUGUACUGGCAGGAAUCCCGAAAUCCAGUGGUGGAACAACCUUUUUUAGAGACCUUGGAGAUAAAGGACUGAUUUCAUAUACUGAGUAUCUUUUCUUGCUUACAAUCCUCACUAAACCUCAUUCUGGGUUUCAUGUUGCUUUUAAAAUGCUGGAUGCAGAUGGUGAUGAAAUGGUCGAAAAAAAGGAAUUUUUUAAGCUGCAGAAGAUCAUAAGCAAAGAAGACGACUUGAAGACACCUAAUGAAAUAGAAUGCGAGAACCCAACAGUGAAAGACUGUGAUAUUAGCACAACCCUUGAGAUUUAUUUCUUUGGAAAAAGAGGAGAAAAAAGACUUCAUUAUAGAGAAUUUCGAAGAUUUAUGGAAAGUUUACAAACAGAGAUCCAAGAAAUGGAAUUCCUGCAGUUUUCUAAAGGUUUGAAUUUUAUGAGAAAAGAAGACUUUGCAGAAUGGCUACUCCUUUUCACUAACACUGAAAAUAAUGACAUUUAUUGGAAAAAUGUGAGAGAGAAAUUGACAGCAGGAGAGGGCCUUGAAUACAUUCUUAAUGGGUAUUUUUGGUUUUGUUUCACUACUCAAAUAAUAAAAAUUUAAACUAAUUCCAUUUACACUGUUUCCAUAGUUUGUGAGUUGUUUUAUGUUUACUAUUUUUUAGCGGAGUUUAAGAGAGCUGUGAAAGUAGCAACAGGACAAGACCUCUCAAACAAUAUUUUGGACACAGUGUUCAAGAUCUUUGAUUUGGAUGAUGAUGAAUGUCUGAGUCAUGGAGAGUUUCUUGGGGUAUUAAAAAACAGGAUGCAUCGAGGCUUAUGGGUUCCACAGCAUCUAACUAUACAAGAGUACUGGAAAUGUGUGAAAAGAGAAAGCAUUAAAGGAGUAAAAGAAGUCUGGAAAAAAACUGGAAAAGGUCUUUAGAAAAAGAUAAUGAGGAAAUUAUAUUGUUCCUAGUGUCAAAAUUUGAGUUGUUUUUUUUUUAAAUACUAGAUGUUUAUCUUUUAAGCCUUCUUUGAUUUCCUUUGUGAUACAGAUAUUCCUUGUAUUUGCUUUCUGACUCAGUGUAUUAAUAGCAUGUCAUUGAAGAACUUAAAAAGUAAAAUAAAGUUACCUUUUAUGAAGGCAGGUAUUAGAUUCUGUGAAAAGACCUAAGAUUGAAGUAACACUUUGUAAUUUGAAAAGGUGGGAAACCUAGAUUAUUCUCUGAUUUCUUAGACACAAUAGCACAUUAUACUUUCUGGAAGGGAAAAUGAGAACUUAUGGGGGGAAAAUAAUUAUUGUGCAAAACCAGUAUCAAUUCCACAUACUUCUUAUAGGACAAAUUAAGUUAAAAAUAUUUCAGGUUUUCUCAUCUAUAUCAUACCGUAUAUUUCUUGUAUAUUUUAUUUCAGCUUGCUAUAUGUUAAGUGUCUUGAAUAAAAUAUAUGUUUCA